UCCACCUCUCAAGCCCUCUCUCUCUCUCUCUCUCUUUAUAUCCUCUUCCCAGUAGCAGUCUCUCUCGUUCUCUCAUAUUCUCCUUAAUUAGCCCAUGUCCCAAGUUUUCCUUUCACUUUAAGAUUUUAUUAUGCUCACCAAUAUCCUACACAAACUUCAAUUCAGUUCCCUCUCUUUUCUUCUACUCUAUCUGUCCCCAUCCUUCUCCUCACCAUAUAAAAGCAGCUUCUUGCUUGAGCUAUGAACUGGUUACGCAUGCUUGCUAGCUAGCUUAUCUCCCCUCCUUUAAUUAUCCCUCUGUUUAUUAAAAAAGAAUAAGAAAUCUUGCACUUUUGCAUUAUUAUUUUGUUUUCUUGGUGCUUACUGUCCUUGCUACACAUAUAUUUGUUUCUUAAUUCCUUGGGGUUUUUUCUUAUGAGUGUUCGACGAAAGAUUCUGUAAUUUUUUUUUCCAUGCAGAGAAGUUUAGUCGAUAAAUUCAAUCUGGGAUAUAGUUUUUAUCGUCAAUUGAAGGAGUAGUUCUUAUAUAACCAAUCAAAACAUAUUUCUUUUCCUUCAUUCGCAACAACGAUAUGGCUCCCAAGACUGGAAAGGCCAAGCCUCAUAAAGCUAAAGGAGAGAAAAAGAAGAAGGAAGAAAAAGUUUUGCCUACUGUCAUAGAAGUCACCGUUGAAACGCCGGACGAUUCUCAAGUGUCUCUCAAGGGCAUCUCCACGGACAGGAUCUUGGAUGUAAGAAAGCUUUUGGGUGUGAAUGUCGAGACAUGCCACUUGACCAAUUUCUCCUUAUCUCACGAGGUGCGGGGACCCAGACUCAAAGAUUCAGUGGACAUCAUCUUGCUCAAACCCUGCCACCUCACCAUUACAGAAGAGGACUACACAGAAGAACAAUCCAUAGCUCACAUCCACCGACUCCUCGACAUCGUCGCCUGCACCACCUCAUUUGGCGCCUCUUCCACUUCUCCGACAAAAACACCGGGUCGAACCGGAGGUUCAAAGGAGUCUUGUUCGACUGAGACGGGCGGAGAUAACAAGAAAAUCGUGAACAAGAGUGGCAAGGAUGCUUGUACGGACGCGAUGGAGAAAGCGGAUGCGGCUGUUUCCAUGUGCCCGCCGCCACGGCUUGGCCAGUUUUAUGAAUUCUUCUCUUUCUCGCACCUCACGCCGCCGGUUCAAUAUAUCAGGAGAUCGAGUCGUCCUUUCCUUGAAGAUAAAACGGAAGAUGAUUUCUUCCAGAUAGACGUUAGGGUUUGCAGUGGGAAGCCAAUGACAAUUGUGGCUUCGCGAAAAGGAUUUUAUCCAGCUGGAAAACGCCUUCUUCUUUGCCACUCUUUGGUUAGUUUGUUGCAGCAGAUUAGCAGAGUUUUUGAUUCUGCAUACAAAGCUCUUAUGAAAGCUUUCACUGAGCAUAAUAAAUUUGGUAACCUUCCUUAUGGUUUUCGAGCGAACUCGUGGGUUGUUCCACCGCUUGUUGCUGAUAAUCCUUCUGUUUUUCCUCCACUUCCUGUGGAGGAUGAGAAUUGGGGAGGUAAUGGGGGAGGGCAAGGAAGAGAUGGGAAACAUGAUGACAGGCCAUGGGCGAAGGAGUUUGCGAUUUUGGCAACAAUGCCUUGUAAAACAGCAGAAGAAAGGCAAAUUCGGGACCGGAAAGCCUUUCUACUCCAUAGUUUAUUUGUCGAUGUUUCUGUUUUUAAAGCUGUUGCAGCAAUCAAAAGUAUCAUUGAAAAUCAGUGCUUUUUAAGUGAUACUGUGAAGUCGUUUUUGCAUGAGGAAAGAGUUGGAGAUUUGAUUAUUAUCAUUACGAGAGAUGUGUCAGAUGCUAGCUCCAAGUUGGAUUAUAAAAAUGAUGGGUGUCAGGUUCUUGGAGUGUCACAGGAAGAACUAGCUCGGAGAAAUUUACUUAAGGGAAUAACUGCUGAUGAAAGUGCAACUGUUCAUGAUACUCCCACUUUAGGUGUAGUGGUUGUUCGACAUUGUGGCUUCACAGCUGUUGUUAAAGUUUCUUCUGAGGUGAACUGCGAAGGGGAUCCUAUUCCCCAGGACAUUUCCAUUGAGGAUCACCCUGAAGGAGGCGCCAAUGCCUUAAAUGUUAAUAGCAUGAGGAUGCUAUUGCAUAAGUCAUCGACACCCCAGUCAUCCAAUACACUCCAGCGACUACAAGGUGGAGAUCUCGAAAGUUUACACUCUGCCAGGUCUUUGGUGAGGAAAAUACUAGAGGAUAGUUUGUUGAAGCUACAGGAAGAAUCCAGUAGAUACACGAAAUCUAUCAGAUGGGAGCUAGGAGCAUGUUGGGUUCAACAUUUGCAAAAUCAAGCUGCGGGGAAAACUGAGGCUAAGAAAAAUGAAGAAACUAAUCCUGAGCCUGCUGUCAAGGGGCUUGGAAAGCAAGGUGCAUUGUUAAGGGAGAUAAAGAAGAAAACUGAUGUCAAAACCGGCAAAACUGAAGAGGGAAAGGAUGUUUAUGCUGGUAACAACCUUGACAUGAGCAAGAAACCUGAUAGCACUAAUCAGGAGGAAUUGGAGAAAAAAGAUGAGGAAAUGAAAGUUAUAUGGAAAAAGCUGCUUCCUGAAGCAGCAUAUCUGCGACUUAGAGAAUCAGAAACCCGUCUUCACCUCAAGACACCUGAUGAGUUGAUUGAAAUGGCAUAUAAAUACUAUGCUGACACUGCUCUUCCAAAACUGGUGGCAGAUUUUGGCUCCCUGGAACUUUCACCAGUUGAUGGAAGAACAUUGACAGAUUUUAUGCAUACACGGGGUUUGCAGAUGCGUUCUUUGGGGCGCGUGGUUGAACUUGCAGACAAGCUCCCUCACGUGCAAUCACUAUGUAUACAUGAAAUGAUUGUCCGAGCCUACAAGCACAUUUUACAAGCUGUUGUGGCAUCAGUUAAUGAUGUUGCUGACUUGGCUGCUUGCAUUGCAUCAUGUCUAAAUAUAUUGUUAGGAACGCCUUCAACUGAAACUGAGGACUCAGAUAUCAUAAAUGAUGAGAAACUAAAGUGUAAGUGGGUGGAAACCUUCGUUGGAAAGAGGUUUGGGUGGCAGUGGAAGCAUGAGAGCUACCAGGAUCUGAGAAAGUUUGCCAUUCUUCGUGGACUGUCCCACAAGGUUGGCCUUGAGCUUCUUCCCAGGGACUAUGAUAUGGACAAUGCUUCUCCUUUCAAGAGGUCUGAUAUUAUAAGCAUGGUCCCCGUAUACAAGCAUGUUGCAUGUUCAUCUGCGGAUGGACGUACCCUGCUAGAAUCAUCCAAAACUUCCUUAGAUAAAGGUAAAUUGGAGGAUGCUGUAAACUAUGGAACUAAGGCACUGUCAAAACUCGUGUCAGUCUGUGGCCCUUACCAUCGAAUGACUGCGGGAGCGUACAGUCUUCUGGCUGUAGUUCUCUACCAUACUGGGGAUUUUAAUCAGGCUACCAUUUAUCAACAAAAAGCAUUGGAUAUUAAUGAGAGGGAGCUUGGACUUGAUCAUCCUGAUACAAUGAAAAGUUACGGGGAUCUGGCUGUCUUUUACUAUCGUCUUCAACAUACGGAAUUGGCCUUGAAGUAUGUCAAUCGUGCACUAUAUCUUUUGCAUCUAACGUGCGGGCCAUCUCAUCCAAAUACUGCUGCGACGUAUAUCAAUGUAGCAAUGAUGGAAGAAGGAUUAGGGAACGUGCAUGUUGCUCUUAGGUACCUUCACGAGGCUCUAAAGUGUAACCAGAGACUUCUUGGAGCGGAUCAUAUACAGACUGCUGCCAGCUACCAUGCCAUAGCAAUUGCUCUGUCAUUGAUGGAAGUUUACUCCUUAAGUGUUCAGCAUGAACAGACUACUCUGCAAAUACUGCAGGCCAAACUUGGACCUGAGGAUCUACGCACUCAGGAUGCAGCUGCAUGGCUUGAAUAUUUUGAGUCAAAGGCUCUGGAGCAGCAAGAAGCCGCGCGCAACGGUACUCCAAAGCCAGAUGCCUCGAUCUCCAGUAAAGGUCAUUUAAGUGUAUCAGAUCUUUUGGAUUAUAUAACACCAGAUGCAGAUAUGAAAGCAAGAGAAGCACAAAAGAAAGCUCGUGCAAAGGUUAAAGGCAAACCAGGCCAAAAUGGGGAGACAGUCUCGGAUGAAUACCAGAAGGAUGAAAUAUUGUCACCAACUUAUCCAAUUGCUGAAAAUUCAAGUGAUAAGGAAAACAAAUCUGAAACUCAAUUUGCAGAGCCUGGGAAUGAAAAAUCUGAUUCUGGUCUUCCAGAUCAGUCAUUGUUGAAGACUGAUGAUAAGACCCAAGAGGAAGACUCAGAUGAAGGAUGGCAAGAAGCUGUUCCUAAAGGUCGUUCACCUACAAGUCGCAAAUCUUCUGGUUCAAGGAGGCCAAGCCUAGCCAAAUUGAAUACUAACUUCAUGAAUUUACCCCAGUCAUCAAGAUUCCGAGGAAAGCCUAACCAUUUUGCAUCCCCUAAAACAUCACCGAAUGAUCCUGCAGCUUCCACUGGACUGACAGUUCCUGUUCCUAAAAAGUUUGUCAAGAGUGCCAGCUUCAGUACAAAAGUAAAUAAUUCUGGUGCCUCCACUGGUGGAGCAGAGAAAUCAAGUAUCCCUAAAUCAGCCCCAGCUACCCCUGCCUCAACUGAGCAAGUUGCCAAAGCAGCCCCAACAGCAAGUCCAAUCAGCGUGCAGUCAGCUGGAAAAAUCUUUUCCUAUAAAGAAGUUGCUUUGGCUCCUCCUGGGACAAUUGUGAAAGCAGUAGCAGAACAGUUGCCGAAAGGAAAUCUUCCAAUGGGACCAAGUAGUCAGGGUAGCAAUGAGACAUCUGCAACUGAUGUCACAUCAGGAGAGGUGACAACAUUAAAAGCUGCAGAGGUAGAAAACUUUCUGAAACCUGAAGCAGUGAAACAUCUUCCAGCUUCAGAGGGAAUGAAAAGUCAUGUCGAUCAAAAGAAAGAAACAGAAGUACGGGGUUUGGUGGCGACAGAGCAACUCGAAGGAAAGAAGUCUGCUGUUGAGGAUCGCACUGAUAAAGAGGACAAUGGUGCUGAAAUUAAAAUAGUUGCUGUUAAAGUUAAUACCUCAGAAGCUGGAAAUAUUUCAUUCUCGGGUAAUGAGAAUUUGGAUACUUCCAAGGAUUCAAAUACCAUCUCUUCCCCAACUGAAGUGCCAGAAACACGAGUAUCAGAUGGUUUCCCAGCAGCUUCCCCUGAUAUGGAACCUCAAUCUACUUCAACUGAAAAUUCUGGUUUGAUGGAAAAAGAUGCUUCAAUCUCAAAUGAAGAGGUAGAAGAUGUGAAUACUCUGGAUCCAUCUAGUGACAAUACAAAUGCUAAGGCAUUGUCGACUGAAGGAGGAAAGCAAGACGAAACAGAAACUGGUAAGGAGACAACCAAGAAACUUUCUGCGGCUGCACCACCAUUUAACCCAUCCACAAUUCCAGUUUUUGGCUCAGUUACCAUUCCAGGAUUCAAAGAUCAUGGAGGACUUCUUCCUUCACCAGUGAAUAUUCCUCCAAUGCUUAAUGUCAAUCCUGUUCGCAGAUCACCUCAUCAGUCAGUAACAGCUAGGGUUCCAUAUGGUCCGAGGCUGUCUGGUGGUUUUAACAGAUCUGGAAAUCGCAUCCCUCGUAACAAGCCGACCUUCAACAAUGGUGAGCAUACAGGGGAUGGGAAUCAUUUCAGCCCUCCUAGAAUAAUGAACCCACAUGCUGCUGAAUUUGUGCCUGGCCAACCUUGGGUUCCCGAUGGCUAUUCAAUGCUGCAAAAUGGUUAUAUGGCUACCACGAAUGGUAUGCCAGUAUCUCCAAAUGGCUUCCCCAUUUCCCCAACCAGUGUUCCCGUGUCACCAAAUGGUUAUCCAGCAUUAUUGAACGGUAUUCAAGCAACUCAAAAUGAAUUUCCAGCCUCUCCAGUCAGUUCAGUAGAGACACCCAUGUUAGUUUCUGUUGAUGUUCGGGUUGAAAACAAGAGUGAAGUUGAAGCAGAGAAUGGUGUUGAAACUUCUGCAAUUGAAGUAGGAGUUGAAAACCAGUCAGGUGAGAAAGAACAUCAAGAAGAAGAUGUGAAUCCCGAAAUAGAAGAAAAUCCUGCCGAGCUCCCAGAGACUAGUGGUACUGUUGUAGCAAUAGAAACUUGUGAUAGCUUGCCAAUUGAGAAGAAACCAAGCAAGUGUUGGGCGGAUUACAGCGAUAAUGAAGCUGAUAUUGUUGAGGUUGCAAGUUGAAAAAUAUCCUGAACUUUUCAAAGUUGGAAACUGGAAAGAAAUCUGCUUGAGACUCAGGAUGUGUGGCAAUGAAAGAGACGAGAGAAACAAUAAGCAACAACUGAAGGCCCCUGUAAUGAGUGGGGAAGAGCAAUGUUGCCGAGUCUGACAUAAUCAUCUGUCUCGGGAAUGUGUAUAUUUUCUGAUAACGUUUGGUUUUAUUGCAGCGAGGGAAGAGGGAGAAUCGGUCUGAUAGACUGGCAUGUGAAAGACAUACCAUGACCAUUGAACGAUCUCAGUUAUUUUGAGGAGAGCUCAUGACACUUAUUAUAGUUUUUUUUUGGCUAAUUUCCGUGUUAUAUCUUUUUGUUGGUUGUGAAAUUCAAACACAAUAACCUCGGAGGAUUUAUACUUUCCUGGAUGUAUCUUAGGGAUGAUAGAUAGACACUAUCAAAGUUCUUCAGAAAUGAAGUUCCAAGUAACUUGCAUGUGUUACAGUAU